CUCCAACAAAAGCGAAUGAUAAUUUGUUACUACGUAAAUAGUUGAGGAUACCGUGUAAGCAACACCGCGUGAUACUCGAGAAUCGCCAAAUAAUUACUCAAGCAAUAACGAAACUUCCCAGUCCCCACACACAAAUCAUUUAGACCUAUACCAAACCCACGUCCCACGUUUCUCUCACCACAUACCAAGUGCAAUUCAUUCUGUGUCUCCACUCCUCUAUAUAUAAAUGCAAGCUCCCUGUUGAGAGAAAACAUAGGAAAAUUACUCGGCACUUAAAAGGGUAAGAUUCUCGAUCUCUCACUGCCAAAAUCCCUAAAAAUGAGCAACACAAAUACAAGCACACCCAUAAAUACAAACCCCACCAUUCCCAAUACCAAUACCAAUACAACUAGGUUUAUUAGUCCAGGGAGCAGUAGUUCUUCUGCAUCACAAGCUUGUGCCGCAUGCAAAUACCAACGGAGAAGAUGUGCACCGGACUGCCCUAUGGCCCCACACUUCCCACCCACCCAACCGAAAAAUUUCGGCAACGUCCAGAAGUUGUUUGGGGUUUGUAACUUCUUGAAGUUGCUCCGGAUGGUGCAGCCUUCGCAGCAACAUGCCGCAGCGAAAUCGAUGGUUGUUCAGGCCAACGUACGGGCCAUUGAACCGGUGGGCGGGUGCUACCAGAUCAUUCGUGAACUCGAACGUCAGAUCGAGCAGUGCAAAGCCGAGUUUGAACUAGUGCUUGGGCAGUUGGCCAUAUACCGUGCCCGGGCUGAAAGGGCACGUAAAAUGGGAAACCCUAGUUUGGCGGGUGGAGAUAGCGGGUUUGUUGAUGUUGAUGCUUUGUGUGUUUAUAAUCCUAUGCAUGUUCAAGCAGUUGAUUAUGAUGGGAGAUUUCAAGGCCAAGAUCCCUUGUAUAUGGAUCUUGGAUGUUAUGAUAACGUUGGGGUUAAGAUAGAUAUGGAAGCUUCUUCCUCGAUGGCAAUGGUGGUUAAUGAUCCUAAGCAAGUUUACGUCGAUAUGAAGCCACUCGUCGGAAUAUACAAUGAAAAGCAGCACGCGAUUGCAGUCGAUUCGAAAGAAUUAAUCGAGUCAAGGUUUGCAUUUUAA